AUGUAUGAAAACAUGACAGCAGAUAGGAGAGAGUGCAUACUAUCCGUCAGAAGAAAGCCAAAGCAAGACAUGAUUCAUCAAAAUUCAAUGCAUGAACCAUUUGGUGGCUAUCAACCACAGCCUAUCCCUCCAAGUCAACCCUCAGUGUUGCACAUGGAUCUUCCCCCACCUGGUAUUUUCAGAGCUUCGCACAACUUCAACUUCAAGCUUCACGUUUCAAGCUUCAAGUUUGACGACUCAACGCCAACAGAUCAAGAGCUGCAGAGAGUCAAAGUUGACAGUGCCGGUGCUGCGCCAAUGCGUGACAUGACAUGA